AGGGGUUGUUUGUAUAAUAAAUAGAGCUCGUUUUCGGUUCAUCUCUAUACACCGUUCCUUUUCCUCCUUUUGUUUGAAGAAAUUGUUGGUUCACACGAACACACACACGCACUACUCUGAGAGAGAGAGAGAGAAGGAAUGGAGGAGGAGAGGAAGUCGAGAUUCAGGAGGAUCUGUGUGUUCUGUGGGAGCAGUUCAGGGAAGAAAGCAAGAUACCAAGAAGCUGCAGUUGAGUUGGGGAAGGAGCUGGUGGAGAGAAGGAUUGAUUUGGUAUAUGGAGGUGGCAGCGUGGGACUGAUGGGUCUUGUUUCUCAGGCUGUUCAUGAUGGCGGGCGCCAUGUUCUAGGUGUUAUUCCGAGGACUCUAAUGCCUAGAGAGAUAACUGGUGAGACUGUUGGAGAAGUGAGAGCUGUAUCUGAUAUGCAUCAACGAAAAGCUGAGAUGUCUCGUCAAGCUGAUGCAUUCAUUGCUCUACCUGGCGGGUAUGGCACCCUUGAAGAACUGCUUGAAGUCAUCACUUGGGCUCAGCUUGGUAUUCAUAAAAAACCAGUGGGUCUCUUGAAUGUGGAUGGAUACUAUAAUUCCUUGUUGUCUUUCAUAGACAAGGCCGUUGAUGAAGGCUUUAUUUCCCCAUCUGCACGACGCAUUAUUAUAUCUGCUCCAACUGCAAAGCAAUUAGUGAGGGAGCUUGAGGAGUAUGUUCCAGAGUAUGAUGAGAUUACAUCUAAGUUGGUCUGGGAGGUUGAGAGACUAAGCUACGUGCCCGAAUCAGGUGUCGCCAUGUGACAAAAGAUGGAUUGUAUAUGCUUUUUGGCCUCCUCUUUUUUACAUAUCUAUACAUACAUCAUCUACACACUCUCACAUAUACAUUUCCCCAAUGUGAAAAUUUCUACGUGUCAUUCUUGUUAAUUUGUUUCUGAAAGAUUUGUGGAAAUUAGUGAUCGAACUUGAAACUUUUUUGUUAGUAGAAAAUGAGAAAAUCUCUCCUCUCC